AUCAGAGCAUGCUCAUACAUCUCCUAUGGUUAUCUAUAGCAGCAGCCACUGUCGUAAUCGCGCGUGUAGACCCUAAGGCUCCUCUCCGAAGUCUAUCUGAACCUACAGCUCAAGCUAGUAGAUCCCUGCAGCAGUACCCCAGGUAUAAUCGUGAGAGUUCCCGCAACUCCUUCUUAAUAUCUCAAAUACAGCAUGUAUCCAUAUUUUGGCCCCUUCUCCGUCAUUCCUAUUCCAGUAUCUUCAAGCAGCAAACCAUGUUUAUCUCAAUAUACACACCUUGGCGAAGGAAUUGAGUGACGGGAUGGGCAGACGCAAGGUUGACAUGACCAGCUCUUCUGGAUCUAUAAAUCCUGCGUGAAAUCCCUCCGUAUACUCCAGGAACACGAUCAAUCAAGUAUACAAUCACUCUUCUACUUUAUACCCAAGAAUCCUUCUCUCUCCAAACAUUCACCAUGAAGUUCGCCAUCGCCACUCUCGCCGCUGCGGCCCUCGCCCCCCUCGCAGCAGCAGACUUCUACAUCUACUCUAUCAAGAGUGGUUCAGUCAACGAUGGCAUGGCCCCCGUCAAUUCCGACGGAUUCUUCUUCCUUAACGCGCCCCCCGACUGCAAUGACGUCAAUAACAAGGCCAUCUUCAUAUCUUCGCUCAGCGAUGUGAGCGGUGGUAGGCAAGGUGUGCGCUGCAAGGGCUGCCCUGAUUUCGAGGAGCUCGAGUUUAAUCUUGAGGUGGGGCACUACA